AAUCGACAAUCUUGGGCAUUUUGACCAUUACAGACGCUUUCAAUCAUUCUGAAUCGCCUUCCCUCUUUUCUCAUUAUCACGACAUUUUCACAGAGUUCGGGUCUUUCAGAUUGCACCCGUCUUGGUGUGAAUCCUCAACUAUUAUGGCAGAAUGGCUCAAGGUCGAGCCAAACGCCCUCAUAAAAAGACGAAAACAGGGUGUUUGACCUGCAGGUAUCCAUGCCACCCUUACUCGGCUUCUUCAAUCUUGUAUACCCAUUCACACUGGUCGCAGAAAACGACGCAUAAAGUGCGAUGAAGCGAAGCCCGCAUGUCGACAAUGUACAGACUCUCUCCGAAAAUGCGAAGGCUAUCAACCGCCUCAAACAUGGCUCUUCAAGCCUCGAAACCCUCCAGCGCAGUCUCGAGAAAACAUGAAUCUCAUUCACUUUGUGGCUCCGAUGUCUUCAAUCGGUGAUUCUGACGACAAACGCUCCUUUCAAUUCUGGGUAGAACAGGCUGCUCCUAUAUUUUCAUGUUACUUUGGGCAUUCAUUCUGGACUCAGCUACUUCCUCAACUUGGCUUUGUCCGGCCCGCAGUCAAACACAUGCUUCUCGUCACCUCUUCAGUGGUCGAGAACACUGCCUUGGAGGGCGGCCCUCUGGACCAGAACAUAGUCUACCAAUCUCACUACACAAAAGCUAUUCAAGCCACCUGCUCGUCUCCCCAGGUGGAAAAUGUGCUGUUGGCCUGUCUUCUAUUCGCCUGUUGCGACUUCAUGAAGGGUUCAUAUGAUAGUGGACUGCGACACAUCCGUUCCGGCUUGAGUAUCAUGGACGAGUGGUACAACUCGAUCCGGAAUUCCAACCUCAAGGCUUCUCCAUCUGCUCGCUUGAUCAUCAACGCAAUCGGCCCUAUUUUCGUCUCUUAUAUCGACAAGUCUCCGACCUAUGGUUUCGGUGAUAUCACAGUGGAUAAUUGUGCUUGUGCAGGCAUGCUGACUCCGAGUCUUGAAUUACCCUACAUCGCUCCCUUCAACCACAUCCAUGGAGCUCUUCACGCUCUUGAUGGUAUUGCUCACUACGUAGCAAGGCUAAUGGACUGGCGCAAGCAGUCUUGGACACUGUCACCACCACAAAAGAUACAAAUGUUAUUGGAUACUUGGCGUAUGAGUUUUGACAGAUUCGAAACCAGUUUGACACCAGCAAAACGGGACGCCUACACCAUGGCACUUUCAUACCUGCGAAUCUAUCACACCAUGUUCGGAGUCAUGGUUCGAGCUUCGGCCGGGGACUCUGAAGCCAUCUACGAGAGAUUCGAUGAGGAAUUCAAAUGGAUUGUGGAUCGUUAUGACGACUUUACGACUUCAUGGGCCAAGGACGACAGUCUUAAAUUCUCUGCCGGGACUUGGGCGAAUCUCGAGUAUCAUUUCGGCUUCAUUCCUCCACUCUUCUUCACUGCCAUCAAGUGUCGCGACCCUACAACACGAAUGGACGCGCUGAACCAUCUUGGCUCUCUCCGAGUUGUGGAAAAUAAUUGGACAAGCUGCACCGCCUAUGUGAUUGCGAAGAAAAUGAUGCAGAUUGAAACAAAUCUAUCCAUCAUAAAUGACCGAACCGACCUCACAGAUCAACGCGACCUCAUUCGACCCAUUGAAGCUUACAUUACAGACAAAAGAAUGCCCCAGGCCGGUCUCGACUAUGCGGUCUAUCCUUUCAUAAAAGAUCAACCGCUGAUACAACACGAGACUAUUGAUCUUUCCGACUGCCCAGCUUUGUCUUCUCCAUCAGCGCGAUGGCCUUUGGCCAGAAUACUACGCAUUGGUGGCUACCAAGGAGGAGGUAUAACCCCGGCGCCGACCAAUUGCCACUGCCAGUUCUACUCCUGUGGCAAUAGACUCUUCUACAGACCUAGGACGUGAGCUCGAGAGACACGCCAACCCUAGUUAAAACCAGUACUUCGACGACUUGACGAUAUCUCGAACCAAUGAUAAGAUCAGUUCUCAUUCCUUCCAAAUCCUCUCAUCCACCGAGCUAAGCGAAUGGUUGGUUUCCACUGUGGCGAGCAUUUCCUGAAAGCGUACUUGCCAAUGCUGGGUCCUUCCAGGCCUAGGUCGGCCGAUAAGCCACCUCAAAGAGUCAAUCGCGUAUCGUGGCAUUAUUUGACCCAGUUGGUGGGGUUUGAGAGGCGUUGUAUGAAGUAUGACCGAAUGGCUACCCACGGCAUAACGGUUACCACUUGAUCAUAUUGAUAUAAACGUGAGCAAAUUAGUUUUGUGUCUGUCAAAAAGCCUACAGUACACCUCCAGUGGCCAGUCCUCUGCCCCGAUCAGCGAAUCCGGGAUUACCUCCUUGGGUAAACGGGCCUUUUGAGAUCGCCGCUUGACUUCACCUGACACGGAACAUCGCUGGGUCUGAUUUCCCAUAGAGGGACGCCCAGGGUGCAAGUCGGAACAACGAUCAGGAGAUAUGCCGUGAGCAGGGUCGGAGAAGGUGCUGUAGCCUGAAUGGAUACCCCUGAAAGCUCAAUGCGGGAGGACGAGGCCGAGGUUGUUUCAGCUCCGAAGACCUGUCUGUGCAUGGGUCAAAAAUCACAAGCCAACAAGUCAUAAGCCAAACUUUCGAUUCUCCGUCAUGAUGACAAGACAGUGAGGAAUGUGUAUGAAGCUUUCCGACCUCACGAGGUAGUCGAUGAAGGUCUGGUCGAGAGUGGUAAGAUGACGUUGAUGGUGCUGACCUAUUUUGGCCCCCGCCUUCAGCCGCAGCCACAGCCGCAAACGGUCCUUGCUUACAACAAAAAACCAGAUGUAAUCAAACCACCUACCUAUUAGGUCGUGGGUACUCGUACAGAGUACGGAACUACGGAGCACGAAUUGUCUAAAUCUUAACCUGACACGUGGAAACACCACGAGUCCUAUUUGGAGGAGAGAAACACAACCAAAUUCAAUAUAGCCCCGGCAGGAAUAGGUAACCAGGUCUCUUCUGUGUGCCCGUCCAGGGCGAUUACAUAGGACAGGAGUGUUGUACCGUACGGUGUGAACUUCAAAAAAAUCGUAAAGAAUGC